AACCUUUUUCUUUUUUAUCAUAGCAAAUAUUUAUCGUAAUGAAUGCCACCGCCGUGGUUCGCGCCACAGCGGCGGUGCACUUUCCAGUUCUCCGUGCUCACUCUACCGGAGAAAAUUACGCCGCAGCUGUUAACAGCUCAGCUAUAGAAUGUCGGAAUCUAAGCUAUUCCGUCAGGACUCGGCAAGGAAAUUUUGUCCCAAUUAUCAACGAUUGCUCUCUCACCAUCCCCUCCGGCCAGUUCUGGAUGCUUCUGGGUCCCAAUGGCUGCGGGAAAUCUACACUUCUUAAGAUUUUGGGUGGUUUAUUGAAUCCAGGUGGUGGUUAUUUGCAUGUGAAUAAGCCCAGGAGUUUUGUAUUCCAGAAUCCUGACCAUCAGGUAGUUAUGCCCACUGUGGAGGCGGAUGUGGCUUUUGGCCUUGGCAAAUUCAAUAUAGACAAUGAUGAGAUUACAUCUAGAGUGGCUGAAGCUUUGGAUGCUGUAGGCAUGUAUGAAUAUUUGAAAAGACCCGUCCAGACCCUUAGUGGUGGUCAGAAGCAAAGGGUUGCUGUAGCUGGCGCUUUGGCGGAAGCAUGCAAAGUAUUGUUACUAGAUGAACUUACAUCAUUCUUGGAUGAAGAUGAUCAGGUUGGGGUUGUAAGAGCAGUUAAAAGCUCUGUGGCUAGUUCCAAAGGAACUACAGCAUUAUGGGUUACUCACCGUUUAGAAGAACUCGAGUAUGCAGAUGGUGCCGUCUACAUGGAAGAUGGAAGGGUUGUUUUACAAGGCAAUGCUUCCACCAUAAAGAAUUUUGUUGAGUCUAAGCAAGCUUCUUACAUUAAGCAAAUCAAUUCUUGAAUAUUUAGCAUCGCCAUGUAUCUUUUCACUGGAUUCCGGUAUACAUCUAUCCACUCUCACAUUUCUUCAAUAAUACAUCAAAUUAUCAAAA